AUGGAUCCUGCACUACAGCUCAUCCUCGACACAAUGAACUCCAGGUUCGACGAUCUGGACCGCCGCUUUGCAUAUAGGGACCAAGCCUCAGCGGAUCGUGACGCCGUCGUCGACUCGCGCUUCUACGCGCUGGCGGCGGCCACCUCAGCGGCAGCCACCACCGCCGCCGCUCUGGAGCAGCGUCUCGCUGGUUUGGAGUCCUUCGGCAUCGACCACGUCGCGGCUUCCAUGGAGCAGCGCCUGUCCUCCCUCGAAGCUAGCUACGUCGACCGCGACACCGAGUACACCAACCGCAUCAACGAAUUCGAGUCCCUCCGCGUCGCCGACAUGACUGACGACCGCGACGCGCGGGUGGCGGCGCUCGAGAAGGCGACGACUGAGUUCGCGGCGUGGCGCCCGGACAUGGAGGGGGUCUUGGAUGAUGUCUGGCUGCGCGUCGAGAAGAUCGACUCCAAGUGCGACCUUGUGGUGUUCGACAAAAUGCCGCAUCGCAGCGGUCUCCUUCCCCACCCAUCUCCGGCUGCCACGGUAGCUAAGCAACACCUCGACAAAGCUGUCGCUCGUUGGUUUCAAUUCAUCGAACCCGAGCUAGAUUUCUCUGACUGGCUAGGGUUUUGCCGUCUCCUCCAUGAUCGUUUCGAUCGUGAUCAAAAGGAACUGCUCAUGCGCCAACUUUUCCAUGCAAAACAGACAACCUUGGAGGAGGCGGGUUCGGCGUCUGUGCCAUGGAGUCCACGUCCUGGUGAUUGGUUCCCGUCAACUAAGGCUGCUGCCAUUCCGCGCACAGCAUUGCCUCUACCUCUACCACCAACUCGCCAAGACAAGAUCGUUUCACAAGCUCCAGCAACAUUGCCGGCCUCCGAUUCUAAGCUGGCAGCCAUCAAAUCUUACAGGCGCGCUCUGGGCUUGUGCUUCAAGUGUGGUAUGAAAUGGUCUAAAGACCACAAGUGUUCCCCAGAGGUGCUACAUGCCGUGGAAAUUCUUUGGGAGUCCUUUCCUGAUGAAGAUGGCCAGUCUUCUGCUGCUAAUUCCUCUGGUCCGGAUGAGCAGUUGUGUCUAGCUCUGUCCAAGGCAGCAUCAUGUGGUUCUCCAUCUUCACGUACUAUACGCUUUCAGGGCUCCAUAGCCGGUAUUCCUGCAGUACUAUUGCAUGACUCGGGCAGUUCAACAUCUUUUGUCAGUAUGGCCAUAGCUGCUCAACUUCCUCAGUUUCCACCUGUUCCUCAGCGUGCUCAAGUUCAGAUUGCUGGAGGGGGUUCUUGCACAGCCCAGGUUCUUUGCGGUCGGUUCCAUGGUCAGUGGGUGCAUGUCAGUUUUGCUCUGAUUUCAGGGUACUGGAUCUGUCUGCCUUUGAUGCUAUCGUCGGGAUGGAUUGGCUUCAGGCUUUUAGCCCCAUGCAGAUUCAUUGGGAGCAGAAAUGAAUCGCUAUCCCUUACCACGGCAACUGGACAGUCUUGCAGGGCCUUGAUGCAGUUGAGCCAAACUCUGUCCGUCUUUAGUUGUACUCUGCCGAGGCCGAGAGUGCAUCAGCUGCGCCUCUGGUUGCUCUACAUCCUCAAAUUCAGCACCUGGUAG